ACACCAUCUCCGCGCCGUUGACCAUCAUCCUCAAUCCCUGCAUUUCUGUAACACUUGGAGGACGGCAAGCAUGAAAAAAGAAGUCCCACUGGAAUGGCUUAAGCGCAAGCCGAUUACUUACGGAGAGUUAUUGGAAAGGCGCCAGAGAGCAGCAGCAUGUGUAGACCCAAAUGACCCUAAUGUGAUAAAAAAUAGGAACGAGAACGUAGCCAAAUCUGCAUUACAACACUACAACAACAAACAUGGAACUGGUUUGGAGUUUGUGAGGUUUCUGGACGGAAUGUCUAUGAGGGGACGUGGUUUUUCAAGGGGCUUUAUAGAGAGGCAUUAUUCUUGGAGGCAUUUAAACUUUGAGGCCAGGCGGCCGGAUGCUGGUCCCAAUGACGAACCACUUCUUUUGUUUGCCGAAGUAUAUUCAGGUGUAAAAGGGUGGGAGCUCACUACAUUAUCACUUGUGAGACCUACAGAUGGAGAGUAUGGUUGUCAAAGUUGUCUUUCUUACAUAAAUCACCCGCGUCGUGGAUUUCGUGCUGGUUUUGACGAUACAGUGGAUAGCAAUCCUAAGUUACUGCCUACAGAGGCUGCUGCUAAAUUGGCUGAAUUCGCUUUACAGGAUUAUAUUGCGAAAGAAACCCAGGAAAUAAGCUUGAAGUUUGAAAGGGCUGUUGAAGGCAAUGGUUUUACGAGCACAGGUGUAUUGAUGGACUUCACUGAAAAGAGGACACAUUGGGUGCAUUUGAACUUUGAGGUAAGGGUGGGCCCCAAGGAAGAAGUGCUCCUUUUUUUCGCCGAACUCUAUUUAGAGGAUGGCAGUGAUGAUAAGUAUGUGCUUGCUACAUUAUCACCGCUAAGGCCACUUGGAUGCAGAAGGAGAAGGUCGAAAUAGAUCGUGGAUGUUCCUGCUGCCUGAAAAACAUUUAUCAUCCAUGGUGUGACUUUUGGUUUGCUUUCGAUUUUCGGCCAUAUCCAAACUCGGCCUAUUGGAGAAACCAAGAGAGAUAGAUAGAUACGCGAUGAGUUUUUCAUGACUAUUUAUUUGAUGUUUGAGGGAUAAACCUGGGAACACUCUUCGUAUGCUUUUUUCAUGGACAUUUGAAGGGGGAGGAUGGCAAGCCUAAAAAGAUUCCAGGAAGAGGCUGAAAGUUCCAAAAAUGACGGACAUGGAACCAGAGCGAACUGAAGUCCUGCGCAGCAGAAGUCGGAUACUGGAAUUAAAAGGGCUUAAGCGCAAGCCAAUUACUUACAGAGAGUUAUUGGGAAGGCGCCAGAGAGCAGCAGCACGUGUAGACCCGAAUGACCCUAAUGAGAUAAGAAAUAGGAACGAGAACGUAGCCCAAUCUGCAUUACAACACUACAACAACAAACAUGGAUCUGGUUUGGAGUUUGUGAGGUUUCUGGACGGAAUGUCUAUGAGGGGACGUGAGAGGCACUAUUAUUGGAGGCAUUUGAACUUUGAGGCCAGGCGGCCAAAUGCUGGUCCCAAGGACGAACCACUUCUUUUGUUUGCCGAAGUAUAUUCAGGUGGAAAAGGGUUGGAGCUCACUACAUUAUCACUCGUGGGACCUACUGAUGGAGGCUUUGGCAACGAUGGCUCAGGACAUUUGAAAGACAUUGCCGCACUGAUUGAGACGGGAGCUUACACCCGAGAGGUUAGGAGGAUCAUUAGGGCAAUUCGGUGGACAAUUCAAAUGAGAACGAAGCUUAAUGCUUCUGUGCUUUCUGAGUUUUUCAACUUUGCACUCGUGACUGGUUCCGAGACUCAUUCACGCUUGUCUUCGGAGAUGAGCAUGAUAUGGAGGUGGAUAAUAUUGCUCAUACGAAAGCAUGCCUUACCGGAGCUUGAGAUCUAUUGCUAUUUGCUCGUGCUAAUAUUUUUGAUUGACCAAAAGAGAUACAAUGAGAAUCUCAACAGGAUAACAAUAGAUGUACUGGCAUCGAGGCUGUACUCUUAUUAUUCUCUGAGCUAUGAACUUACUGGAAAUCUAGCUGAAAUACGAGGAACUCUACUUUCUUUGCACCGGACAGCGACUUUACGUCAUGAUGAGUUGGGGCAGGAAACUCUUCUGAAUCUGUUGUUGAGAAAUUACCUCCAUUACAACUUAUAUGAUCAAGCAGAGAAAUUGAGAUCAAAGGCUCCUCGUUUUGAAGGUCACUCGAACCAGCAGGCAAGGAGACCGCCGGCGCACCUGGUGGCCGACGGCGGCGAGGCAGACGAUCAUUCUCCGGCGCCGCUGUGUGAGCUGAGAUCUUCCCAAGCGAAG